CUCUGGCCCGCUGGAAAGGCCGGGGAGGAGCAGACGAGAUGAGGCCGCUCCUGCCGGCUGGGAGGACCGCGCGGAGCAGACGAGAGGCGCGGCUGGAGGACCGCGGAGAGCGCAGAUUCCAGCCCCGGGUCCAACCGUUGCGCAGGAUCCCACCCUACCAUGGAGAUUCCCAAAAAACUGGUGAACUCGGUGUCCGGCUGUGCCGACGAUGCCCUGGCCGGGCUGGUGUCCUGCAAUCCCGGGCUCCGGCUCCUGCAGGGCCACCGGGUGAUCCUGCGCAGUGACCUCUCGGCCGUCCGUGGCCGCGUGGCCCUGCUGUCCGGGGGGGGCUCCGGCCACGAGCCGGCCCACGCAGGAUACGUCGGGAAGGGAAUGCUGACCGGAGUGGUGGCCGGAGCCGUGUUCACCUCCCCGUCCGUGGGCAGUGUCCUGGCGGCCGUCCGGGUGCUCGCACAGGCGGGAGCAGCCGGGAUCCUCCUGAUCGUGAAGAACUACACGGGGGACCGGCUGAAUUUCGGGCUGGCCCUGGAGCGGGCGCGCUCCGAAGGGGCCGACGUGCGGAUGGUGGUGGUGGGAGACGACUGCGCCUUCGCCGCGCCCGGGAAAGCCGGGAGACGCGGGAUCUGCGGCACCGUCCUCAUCCAUAAGGUGGCGGGAGCGCUGGCGGAGGCGGGAGCGGGUUUGGAUGAGAUCGUGGAGAAGGUGACGGCGGCUUCCAAAGCCAUGGGUACCCUGGGUCUCAGCCUGUCUCCCUGCAGCAUCCCGGGAUCCAAGCCCUCAUUCCAGCUGGCUGAGGAUGAGAUGGAGCUGGGGCUGGGGAUCCACGGAGAGGCCGGAGUGCGCAGGAUGAAGGUGCUGCCGGCGGAUGAGGCCGUGGAGACGAUGCUGAAGCACAUGACGGAUCCAUCCAAUGCUUCCCACAUAUCCCUGACCCCUGGGUGCUCCGUGGUGCUCAUGGUGAACAACCUGGGUGGAUUAUCCUGCCUGGAGCUGGGAAUCGUGGCCGGAGCCGCCGUGCGCAGACUGGAGAGCCGAGGGAUCCGCAUCGCCCGGGCCUUGGUGGGAUGCUUCAUGACGGCGCUGGAAAUGGCCGGAGUCUCCCUCACCCUCCUGGUGGUGGAUGAGGAGCUGCUGCGGCUGAUCGAUGCCAAGACCACGGCCAUGGCUUGGCCCAUCGUUCCCGCAGGACCGGCGACUGCCCGGAGAGAGGAGAUUCCAGCGCCGAUGGACGUCCCAGGGCAGCCGUUGGAUGAGACCGGCACAGGGCCCGGAGCGGUGCCGGUGCAGCGGGUCCUGGAGCGGGUGUGCAGCACUCUGCUGGAUAUCCAGGAUAAGCUCAACCAGCUGGAUCGGAAAGCGGGAGAUGGGGAUUGUGGCCACACACACGCCCGGGCAGCCCACGCCAUCCGGGAAUGGAUGCGCUCCCGGCCGCCUCCGGCCGCCCCAUCCCAGCUCCUCUCCUGCCUGGCCGACCUGCUGCUGGAAAAGAUGGGAGGCUCCUCCGGAGUGCUCUACGGGCUCUUCCUGACGGCGGCCGCCCGGACCCUGCGCGGCCGGAGCGAUCCCGCGGCGUGGGCCGAUGCCAUGGAUUCCGGGAUUGACGCCAUGCAAAGGUAUGGAGGAGCCGCACCAGGAGACCGGACGAUGCUGGAUUCGCUGUGUGCAGCCGCAAAGGCUCUGCAUUCCCUGCGCGCUCCCGGGGCCGACCCGCUCCGGGUGCUGGAGGCCGCGGUGCAGAGCGCCGAGGUGGCGGCGGAGGCCACCAAGCACAUGGAGGCCGGGGCGGGAAGAGCCAGUUACAUCCGCUCAUCCCGGCUGGAGCAUCCCGAUCCCGGGGCCGUGGCCGUGGCUGCCGUGCUGGGGGCCGUGCUGGGGGGGCUGCGGGACCCCCUGGCCACCCCCAAGUAGUGUAUCCCAAAAACCCUCCGUGUCCCCCGUAGUGACAGGGAUGUGGAUCCCAACAGACCUUAGGAGACGUGUCCCCCAGUAACCCUUUGUGUCCCCCCACACCGAUGGGGAUGUGCAUCCCAAAAAAUCUGUGUGUCCCCCUGGAUCCCUUUGUCCCUUCUCGGUGACAGGGGUGUGUAUCCCAAUAAACCUUCGGAGACGUGUCCCCCAGCAA